CCGGCGUCUCUCUCACCAUCUAGUUUCGGCGUCUCUCUCACCGUCUAGUUCCGUCGACUUUCUCUCACCGUCGACUUCUGGCGACGAAAUCGAUUCAAAAUCUCCAAGAUGUCAACUCCUAUAUGUGAUUCACAACUUGAAACCUCUUCUGCAGAUCCGUUAUGUCUACGUAGGGACUCAACAAGGGCUCCGACAAUUACUGAAGUGUUGGAGGUAGAGAAGAAAAAUAAUGGUGUGGUUACUACAAUGUUUGGAUUCUCUGAGGAAUUCAAACAUUUGGUGAACCCAACACAUCCUGAUGAUAAGGACUUUGACAGUGUUGUACAACUAGUUCAACAAGGAUACAAAGUGAAGAAAAGCGAUUGGGAACAAGGAUUUGUGGAUGUUUUCUUACAACAGAAGACAUUGGUCGACAAAGCAGGACAGAAGACAAAGAUGUACAGCAAAACCUCUAAGGAGCAAACACAAGAUGAAGAAGAACAACAAGUGGAAGUUGGUGUUGAAUUCGGCGACGGUGAUAAAGAAAGAGAAACAUCAAAAACCAAUGAAGGGCAGACAUUUGAGGAAGGAGAAAAAGAACAAAUGGAAGCUGAUACAGAAGUUGAGGAGCCCGUGCAAGUUGAAAGGCAGAAUGAAGAAGAGGAAAUAAGCCAUCAUAAUACUGUUUAGGAACAAAAGCAUAAGAAGAAUAAAGAGAAAAGAAAAGAUGAAGCGUAUGAGAAAGCUAAGGAGAAAUUUCAAGAUGAAGAUGGUUCCAAACUCGAUAAGUUAAUCCAAAUGCUUUAUGAUUUGAAUAAACGAGUAGAAGUAAUCGAGAAUGUCUUACAAUUGGUAAGCAAAUAACUUUACCAAGCACUUAUAAAUAUUUUCACAUGUUAUUUUCUUUACCUAUUAUGACAUGAUUUCUUGAAGGCACCUGAUGGUUAUGAGAGUCCAUGCAACUAUGAUGAUACAAAAGGUGCACCAAAUGAUGAAAAUGAAAAAGAAGAAAAUUCUGGUGGUAAAAGAAAUGCAACAGAUGAUGAAAAUGAUGAAGAAGAAAUUUCUGAUACACAACAACUGACGGAAGUGAAUAUUUUUAGGGAAAAUGAGAAUACAGAGAAAAUCACUUCAGACGAAGAUACUGAAAAAAGUGAAGAAAAAAGAUGCAUAAAACAAAAGUCACAGUUACAAUUCUAAAAAAAGAAUAUAAAUGUUUAUAAAUUUUUUGAUAUUAAGCUUAACUAAUCUUAUCUUUUGUAGAUGACGUCAUCUACUCCAACAUUCACUACUCCAAACUUUGAUAUAAUAGUAUAAAAUUUAAUAUAUUUUAUAAGGCUUUGUAAAUUUUAAUGUAUAAAGCUUAAAAUUACAGUUUCUAAAUAAUUUGUUUAAAGAUUACAUCGUCUAUAAAUAAUUUUUCGCAAGAGAUGAUUAAAACAUUUAUAAGCAUUAUAUAUGGAUUCAUAAACAAUAAUGUAUUAAAAUUUAUUAAAAAUCACUUAUAAACCUUCGUAAAACUCAGAUAUACUAGUUUAUAAAGUAUUAUAUAAACUCAGAGAUGAAAUUUAAACACAAAAAAAUGAUAUGUAAAGGCUGAUAAAUAACUUAUAACCCCUAAUAUAUCUUAUAAUAAGAUUUUAGAAAGCAUUAUAAAAAUUAAUGAUAAAAAGUUUAAAAAGUAAAAUCGGUGAUAUAAAUACAUGCUACUGUUACCGUUGACACAAGUGCUUGGUUCCAUGCCUUUACUCGUUGAACUAGUCUAGUCCUUCAAUCUCUCUGAAGGUGAAACUGCGAGGCCAAGUUCAGUGUUUUAUGUUUUACCAAGCAAAAAUUCCCUCAUGUAUCUUACGUUUUGUGGGACACACAUUACAGAAACAAUAUUGGUAACCUUAGAAACUCAUGUUUUCUCAUCAACCGCUUUGUCAUCUUCCAUAGCGUUUCUUUUUCUUGUAAAAUGAUGAUUAAUAUUUCAUAAAUAAUGUGUGUUUUUCUAGAUAAGUUAUCAAUUGGUUAAUGUUAUGAAAUAAUCAGGAAAUGUCUGUUCUUCUUCCUAGAAUCAUCCUCUUGAUGGCUCAUGUGAUGAAGAUCAAGAUAUGUUUUGUUUUCAUGUUAAAAGGAAGCAUGUGAAGAACAUUGGACAUAUAGUAUAACAUGGUUGCAACAGAGAGCCUAACAGAUAAGUUAUUUGGGACUUUUAUCUUCAUUACGGAUAAGAUCUUAUUGUAACAAAACAGAACAAAUCGACAUGUUGUUUCCUUUCCAAGCCAUCCAAAACACAACAAAACAGUAGGGACGCUCACUUCACUUCACUGUGGUUUCUUAUACUAUGAUGGAAAACCAACAAUCUCAACUUAAAUGCAAUAGCUAAUUCUUUCCAGAGGUUUCCACACUUGUCUCUAGUCCUGCCUCACGUACCUAUGAUUACAAAAGUGGAUAUCUCUUUGGUAAUAUUAAGAAGCAAAAAGUAAUUCAAAAAUCAGUAAUAAUAGUUAACAAACUAUUUCAAAGUCUAUAAAUCUAUUUAUAAAAGUCUAUAAAGCCAGUUACAAAAGUUUAUAAGAGUUCAUAAAAUCUUUUAUAAAUAUACAAAUGAUUUUAUAAGAGUUCAUAAAUCAUUUUAUAAGGUUAAUUAAUAAGAACUUAUAAAGAGAUUAUAAACCUUUUAUAAAGGUUUAUAAAUAUUUGUAGAAGUUUAUAUAGGUUUCUAAAUGUUAAUUAAGGGUCUAUAACAAAGAUUUAUAAAAAACAAUUAUAAAGAUAUAAUUUAUAAAAGUUUAUAAAGAUUUAUAAAAAAAUUUAUUCAUAGUUUAUAAACCAUUUAUAAAGGGUUAUAAAAAAAUAUAAAGGCUUUAUAAGAAUUUAUAAAAGGUAUAUAAACGGUUUAGAGGCACUUCUAGAGCUGUUAGAAAAAUAUAUAUUCUGCUAGAAAAAUAUCAGAAGGGUUAUAAAUCGGUGUAUAACACUUAUAGAACAAAAAUUAGUUAAUAAAAAUAAUAUAUUAUCUUAAAACCCCAAAAAUCACCUUAUAAACCAUAAAUCAGUUUAUAAGACCUUAUAAAUCAAUUUAUAAAAUUUUAUAAGUAUAUAUAAACUGAUAUGUCUUUUGUAAGAAUUUAGAAGGUUUUGUGUAUCAUUUAUAAACUCCUAUAAACAAAUGUGCCCAUUAAUAGAAGUUUAUAAUUAUUUAAGUGUUUGUUAAUUGGUUAAGAACAAAUAAUUUAUAGAAACUAUAAAA